UGUCAAACAAAAUUUCAAAAUUCAAAAUGACAAUAGGAUUUCGUACGUUUUCGAAGUUGGUUGUGCCGGCUUUUGGAAAUUUAAUUUGUCUAGGGCGUGUACAACUAUCUACAAUAAAAAUGGCAGAGAAUCCAGAUUACAAGAGUGCUACUAGUGUACACGAAUUUACGGUGAAGAACAUCAAAGGGGAAGAUGUUAAACUCGACACAUACAAAGGUCAUGUUUGUAUUAUUGUGAAUGUUGCAUCCCAGUGCGGCCUCACGGCGAACAACUAUAAACAACUUAAUGAAUUACAAGAUCAGUAUGCUGAAAGUAAAGGUCUACGUAUAUUAGCCUUCCCCUGCAACCAGUUUGCUGGCCAGGAACCAGGAAAUUCAGAGGACAUUGUUUGCUUUGCCAGCGAGAGGAAGGUCAAAUUUGACAUGUUUGAGAAAAUUGAUGUUAACGGUGACUCAGCACAUCCGCUGUGGAAAUUCUUAAAGCACAAGCAAGGUGGCACUUUGGGAAGCUUUAUCAAGUGGAAUUUCACCAAGUUUAUCAUCGACAAAGACGGAGUGCCUGUGGAGAGGCAUGGCCCAAAUACUGAUCCCCUGAACCUGGUUAAGUCCCUUGAGAAGUACUGGUAGAGGGCAUAAGUAGGCAUCAUUCAUAAAUUA